AUGCUGGACGGGAGACUGGCAAAUGCACAUUUUAUUCUGGCUGUGACGUUGAUGCUAUGGAGUUCAGGAAAAGUACGCUCAGUGGAUGUAGCAACAGAGGCUUUUGAUUCUGGAGUCAUAGAUGUGCAGUCACCGCCCACAGUCAGGGAAGAGAAAUCAGCCACUAACCUGGCAGCAAAACUCUUGCUUCUUGAUGAACUUGUGUCUCUGGAGAAUGAUGUAAUUGAAACAAAGAAGAAAAGGAGCUUCUCUGGUUUUGGGUCUCCCCUGGACAGACUCUCGGCUGGCUCUGUCGAUCAUAAAGGUAAACAGAGGAAAGUAGUAGAUCAUCCAAAAAGGCGCUUUGGUAUCCCUGUGGAUCGGAUUGGUGGAAACCGUCUCUCAAAUUCCAGAGGCUAAUUGAUUCCAACUGAAAGGCUACAGAGAAUGCAUCCUCUCUCCCAAGCAGACACAACUUCCCUGGGUGAAAUCACAGAAACAUGGAAGAUGCUCCAGUGAAGUUCUUUACACUCCUUAAUGAUUAACCUUUUAAGGAACUGAUCUUCUGCAAAUCCUUUCCACAGUUUGAACUUCAGUCCAUCACAUCACAGUAUUGUUACAGCUUUAAUUAAAUUAUGCAGACCACUUCAAUGUAUGGAUAUUUUUUAAAUAUACAUUUUAGCUAACGGGAAUGGUUACCUAGCCCCAAAUUUUACUUUUCUAAGAAACAAUGAAAAAACACAAUACAGUGAAAUACUUUCUAUAUUCCCACUUACAUUUAUCCAGUUGAAGAAUAAUAACUGAAGACUGAUUUGUUUCUGUAAAACUUAGGUAGGAUCUAUUUGUUCAUUAUUGAGGAACAUGGAAAGACAAUAUUGUAUAUGUUCUGUUAAAUAUUUUUUCUUCUCUUUUAUCCUUUUCCUGGGAGCCUCUUUGGAAAUGAUAAUGAGAUUAGGCUUCUCUUAAUGUAUUCAAAUGACAGUCAGGUUCAACCAAAUAAAGCACAGCCUCAGUUCCAGAAAUAAAAGAAGAUGUGUAAGCAAGGAAAAAAAAAAAAAAACAAACAGUAAUUAAGCCCAUCAAUUUUAUUAUUCCAAAGAACUGAAAAAAAAAAAUACUUGCAGGUCAGGGCAUAUUGUCAGAAUUAGGAAGUGAAGGAUAUUAAUCAUUUAUCAGGUUUGGACAUCUCAUGGUGCCUAACCACUUUCUCUAAAUUACAACUGGUAGGAGGCGCCUGGGUGGCUCAGUCGGUUAAGCGUC